AUCAUAAAGACGAUAGAGCAAAACCCGGUAGUAAUGAUUCAAGGAGAGACAGGCUGCGGAAAGUCAACUCAAGUCCCACAGUUCAUUUUGUUUCAGCACAUGAAAUAUUUGAAGCAUUGCAACAUCGUCGUCACCCAGCCAAGAAAGAUUGCUGCCAUCAGUGUUGCCAAGCGAGUUUGUGCAGAGAACGGUUGGGAGAUUGGAGGGCUUUGUGGUUAUCAGGUGGGUCUGGAGAAUGUAUCAAGUGAUCACACAUGCCUGCUUUUCUGUACGACCGGUGUCCUUCUCCAGAAACUCAUCACUGCGAAAACCAUUGAUAACUAUACGCACGUUAUUCUGGAUGAGGUGCACGAAAGAUCACAAGAAAUGGACUUCACGAUGCUCACAGUCAGAAAGCUACUGAGAGAGAAAUGUCCCAAUGUCAAGGUCAGUUUUCUAAAAGGAUGUGCUGGAUUUAUGUUUGUAUUAUUAUUAUUAUUACAUCACAUUACAUCAACAAUCGCCAGCAUCAACGAGUUAUUAUUGCAUUACAUCAACAAACAACUGCAAACAGGUGAUAUUGAUGUCGGCAACAAUGGAUGUGUCUGUGUAUAG